AUGACAGCACGUGCAACUGCAACUUGCAAUUGAAUUUUUGAAUUGAAUAGUUCAAGUAGAAGUAUCCCAUUCUUUACAGUCUCUUUUGGUGAAAUUGCGUUUGUUUAACGAUAAAGCUGAAGUCUUACCAUCGAUAUUCAUCAUGAAGUGUUUAUCUUAGUUCCUUUUCUCAAAAUCAAAUAGUGCUUCGUACUUUUCCUCUUUCAAGUCUCCAAUGUUGCGCCUUGACUGAAAUCAUUGUUCAUCACAUUACCAGUUCCUUCUGAAUAUGGGGAAGCCCAAAUUUAAAAAGUCCAAGACAAAUGAACAGAAACUUCAAAUCAAGUCACGUAAAGAUAAGAAAAAGAAUAAAACCAAGGAGUUAAAGUUGGCAAAAGUGGUGAAGGAACAUAACCGUUCCAACCUGAAUCCUGUCAGUAAUUUUGUAUCGGUCGAAGACAAUGUUCGCAAAUCUAUAUUCAGCUCGAAGGUCUCAGAUGUCACGAAAACAAGAGUCGACUCUACGUGUGUCAGUAUCUCUAACCUUAACAUUGCAAGUUCCAGCUCCAGCUUAGCGCAUCUUGUCGUGGACGCCCAACUCCCAGGGGAUCAGCCUGCUGUUGAGGAUCAACCCAACAUUUUUGCUGACUUUCUCCAAUCAGUGAAAUUCGUUGUUGUCAGUUCAAAAAAAGUCCUUGCUAUCUGUGAUCAUACAGAUAUUUUACAUUUUUUUGGGGUCGUAAAGCUGUCAAUACUUCACGGGCAAGCAGAAGUUCUAGGUUACGUUUUCAAUAAUCGCACGCCCCCAUCAAAUGUGUUCUCUCUGAGAGACUCUGGCAUUUUACAAGUAACCAUCUCAAAAAAUACACAGUCUUUUUUAGAUCUCAGAGAUCUCAAGGAAAAAAUUGAAGAGAGGUGUGGAGGUAUUGCCACUCAAACUGUUGAUAGGGUUAUCUCGCUCAUGAAAUCAAGUAGUACAAUCCUCUUGCUCGAGAGAAGUACCGACACAAAAAGAAUGCAAGUUUUUUUGAAUAGCCAUUGCAAGUCAUCUAUUUUUCCUACUACGACAAGUAUUCAAGAGAAGCUCAUGAAUGUUGAACAUCCAGAAGAAGUCAAAAAAAUUGAACGUGAACUUGUUUGUCAGUUUAUCCAUCCUUCUGAGCCAGAAAAUUUUUUCAAAGUCAGUGACCAAUGGCAGCCGCUGGUUGAUCAGAUUUUAAGCUCAAUUACAAGUUAUACAGGCAGCAUAUCAUUACUAGCUGGUGGUAAGGGAGUUGGGAAGUCCACUCUUCUCCGUUAUUUAGUCAAUCAAUGUUUGAGUCGAACAUCUGCAAAGAAGGCUCUAGUAAUUGAUUUAGAUCCUGGCCAGUGUGAGAUGACACUUCCAGGCUGCAUGUCGGUCCAUGUUGUCACCAAACCUCUUCUUGGUCCAAACUUUUCUCAUUUGAGUCAUUCUGGAAGAGUGUGGUUUCUUGGAGAGAUCAAUGUUGCGCAGUGUUUUGACAGGUACUUAAAGUACUUAGAAGAGAUUCUUUGUUACUGUGCCUCUAGUGCAGAGUUGAAAAAAAUUCCAUGGUUCAUUAACACAAUGGGUUUCUGCAGAGGCCUAGGAGUGGAACUGAUGUCCUGCACCAUCAAUUACUUCAGACCAACACAUGUCAUACAAAUACAGAGCAAAAAGGACAACAACAAUUAUCCACUUCCAUUAUCUCCAGACAUUGUACAAAGGCAUCAUAGAUUCAUCAAGUCUAAAGUCAGUAGAGUGAGCGGUGUUGUGACGCAUGAUUUAAGUGUCAUCUCAUCUGUUUCAAAUGCAAAUCCAAAUAAAACCAAUCCUCCUGAAAGAAGAGGCGCAGUUAUACUCUCCUAUUUCAGUCAAAUUCUACCCAAAUCCACGGAUGCCAUUACGGAUGUUAUUCCUUUUGUAACUGAUGUAUCCCAUCUAGAUAUCAUUAUCUGCCAUGGUCAGAAUCUCAGUCGAGCUCAGUCUCUCGCAGCUAUAAAUGGGAAUUUAGUUGCAUUGUGUUCAAAAUCUAGUAAUGAUACAUUCAAUCAUAAGUGCCUUGGCUUCGGCAUUGUUCGAGGCAUUGAUUUCUCAGAUGGGCGAUUGUUUCUUCUCACUCCUUUACGAGAAGACUUGAAAGAUGUCAAUUGUCUCAUGAUGGGGAACACGUUCUUACCGCAAUCAAUUUACCCUCAGUCUCAUUCUAGUGGGCAUGUCCCAUAUGUUAACAUCGGAGAAGGCCAAAUUACCAGCAGGAUAACCAGACGGACGUUCAAGCCUGCGUCCACCGUAAGUUUUCAAGAUCGGUUUGGAAACGAGUCGAGAAUGCGGCAGUCCUGUUAGUACUUAAAAUUUGUAAGGAGCUCUAUCCUUGAUUUGUUUGAUCUUGUUGAAAUUUUGAUAGAUAGAAUUUUGUUAUCACAGUCCGUACUGCGUACGCGUGUCAGUUUUGCUUGUGCUCUGAUUUGAAGGGAACUAAUCAUUGUUAACAUUGAUCCGUUUGAAACAUCGAUUUCUUGGUGAAUAAAAAAAUUUGUUAUCAUGGUUA